AUGAGAAAACUACACUACCCAGAAUGCCAGUGCGAUGAGGUCUCCGUUGGGCCUUGGCUAGACGGCGCCUGGUUCAUAAGGCAGCAACAGAUAAAAGGAGAGAGAAGAAAAGUGGAGGUCCAGCUCCGCAAACUUGUGAACAAGGGAUUUGAGAUGUCCAAAAAGAAAUCCAAGAAGUCUGUGCAAAAGGAGGGAAGUUCGGAUGGCUUGGAUAACAAACCUUCUUGUUCUAAGACUACCAGUAAUAAAACAAAGGCAUCCAGCUUAGCAAGCUCAACACCUUCCUCAGAGAAAAGAAAAUGGAAAUCAGAAGAGACAGGAAUCUGUAACAUAAAAGGACAGCUAGAAUUUCAAAGAUUCAAAGUACAUAAAGAUGUUCAAGAGAAGAAACGAAAGCAAAGUUCCUAUGUUCCACAAGGCACUAUUGAAGGGUUCCAAGGAGAGUCUUCAAACGAUAGCAAAACAAUCAGUGCUGUUUUGAUUCAAACUGAGAAGCGAAAAAGGAUAUCUAUACAGUUUAAACAUCAUGAUGUUAAACAUGGAAGAGAGAAAAACCAAAGUGAUUCUGGUGUGGUCCCUACUAGCAGGGAAAUCUGUAAAAAAGACCACUAUUUUGACAAUGUUGGAACAGGAGGGAAAAUGGUGCGGCAUAGUUUUGCAAUCCAGAAGGACUUGGUGAGGAAGAAGAAGAAAGAGAAAACUGAGCUCAGCAAACUAAAGGCUAGAGUUGAACAAACUAUGCUGGAGAAGUUAAAGGUAGCUACCUUUCCUACAGACUUGCUGAGUAAGAAGUUGCAUGGAUCAAAAAAAUUGAGUGAUGAUUUCAGAAUUCUGAAAAAGUCCUCAGCCACCUUUCCAAAGACUGCAGGAGAUGGCAAUUUCUCCACUAAUAUAUCACACACAUCAUUGAAGACUUGUAAGAAUAAAGAACACCUAGAAAACUCCAAAGAACUAUCUAACAAAAAUCAUCAUGAUACUAAACAUAUACCAUUAUUUUAUUCAACUGCAACAUCUAAGGAAUGGCAGUAUCUUAAAGAGAAAAAACAGCAUUCUGAUUCCAGCAAAACUGUUAGUUCAAGAACUGAAGGAAGGACUUUUGAAGUCAUACCAUUACAUUUAAGACAGAGCUCUGAAGUCCCAUGCCCUUCUGCCUCCCAUCAAGCCAUUCACAUUACAGAGACAGACCAAGAGAUGCAAAUAAUAGAGGACUUGCAUGCUGCUCGUAUUGACAAAAAGAUAGCUUUACCAGUCGUGCAGACUUGUGGAGAAUUGACAAGUAUGGAAAUAGAUCUUCCAGAAGAGAAUGCAGAUAUUCCAGCUGCAAGUGCUACUUCUGGUUCGAACCUCUUGAUAGUGAUUGACACCAACAUAAUGAUUAGUCACCUUCAGUUUAUCAUGACUUUGAAAACUAGAGAUAUACCAGGCAUUUGCAGACUUGCACUGAUAAUUCCCUGGGUGGUUCUACAAGAACUGGACAACUUGAAGAAAGGCAAAGUACUACAACAUGUUCGGCACAAAGCUGUCCCUGCAGUUCAGUUCAUCUACACUUGUCUCAAAAACCAAGAUUCAAAGCUGUGGGGGCAAUCCAUGCAGCUUGCCUCUCAGAAAAUAUAUGGAUUGAGUGAUGAAAACAAUGAUGAUCGUGUUUUACAAUGCUGCUUGCAGUAUCAGCGUCUUUUCCCUCAAGCUUUUGUCAUACUGUGCACGGAUGAUAAAAAUUUAUGCAGCAAAGCCCUAGUGAGUGAUGUAAAGGCCCUAUCCAAAGCAGAUUUGGUUACUUCACUCCAGAACCUGAAUGUAAACAGCCAUCAGAACUGUGUUGGCCUACAACAAUCAAAAACAGAUACUGGGUCCCAGAAAACCAAGAGGGAAGAUCCCAGCCUUACUACUCCACUCCUAAGCAUUGUUCCUGACCUUGAAAAAAGUUUAGGAGAAGCUUUAUCCUCGAUAUUAGAAACUGAAAUGAAAAUUGCUUUUGGAAACUUGUGGAUGGAGGUACUGUAUCUGAAGCCCCCAUGGACCCUAGCAAGCUUAUUGCAGUGUUUUAAAAAACACUGGUUCGCUGUAUUUGGCUCUAUUGUGCCAAGAAGCUUACUUGGAACCAUUGAAUGCCUGCACGAACAUCUUUGUAAAGGUAAGACAGUUGACCACAUAACAGCAAACAUCCUGCUCCAGGAAUCUAAAAAGCUAUUGCAUGCUUUCAGCUCAAGGUCAGACUAUGAUGGUGUACUUCCGCAGGCUUUUGCUUAUGUGACUAAACUGCUCCAGAUGCUUGCAGAGGUUCAGUCAGACAGUGGACAAAAAUCAUCAGAAGCCCUGACAGCUCUUUCAGAAAACACUGCAGGUUCAAAAAUGGAAGAUGUGCGGCUGCAUCUGCAAACAUGUGAGGAAGGCAAGUCAUUGUCAAACACUCAGCUGUCCCAAGAUAAAAGACAUCAGGAAAUCUGGUCUGUCCUUGAAAGCAUUUGGAAUACAAUAAACCUGUACAGUACUGAAAUUUUCCAGAAGCUGGAUCACAAUAUCACCACCCCCACCACUGCGAAGAUAUCGUCAUUUGAAGAAGCUUUUUUAGGCCUACAGAAACUGAUGGCAGCUGUGAAUAAUAUUCUUACAGGGAUUCGUAGAGUUUUGACUCCUAACAGUAGUUUUCAAGACAUUUGGACACUCUAUAACUUCCUAAUCAGUAAUGAGAUAAAUGCCAGCAUAAAAUUUACUGCUGAGGAACUCUAUGAGUGUGUUUCACAGGAAGUGUAUAGAGAGAGAUUAACAGUUGGAUGUUGCCAACUGGCACAGCUGGAAUACACUAUUACACAAUGCAAUGCAUCUGUCCAUAUGGAGGCCAAAAAUAGGGGCUGGUUAUGAUACUACAAUCAACUUCAGGUUUUGAUCUCCACUGUUCUCCCUUGAGCUUCCCCUGCCUUAAACUGUACUCAUUUUUUAAAAAUAAAAUGGGGAACUUUGUCAGGACAGCAACCACAAUCUAGUCAUUUUUCUCAGUGCUGUUUAAUUUACACUUGAAUCUACUUCCUGAAUUUUUUUUUUUCCCAUUCAGCUAGCAACAGGAGUCCACCACCAGCAUUAAUUGUUGGCAUUUGCAUAAUCUCUGGAAGACUAGAUAUAAACACAAUUCUAGAUGUUGCCACUAGGAUACUUAACAUAAUCAUCAAUUUAAAAGUGGUCCAAACAGAAGUGCAAAAAAUAAAUAGCCAGUGUUUUUUGUAUAGUAUAGAAGACCAUGCUGUAAACACCUCCCUUCUGUCACAACCAAAAAGCAAGAAAACUAAGUGUGAUGUAAAACUUAAAGACAAAAUCUACGAAAGCUAUUGUUUUCAAACACCUUAAAUUCAAGCCCGAGGAGGACUUUUUGGUCUGCCUAAAAGAUGACAGGCGAAGAGAGGGAAAACCAGGUUUCACCAAUUUAGAAAGUUUAAAAGUUCUCCUGCCCUCCUCCAGUUCAGUGAUAAAGUUAACCCUUUCCUGUAUGUACUAGUCUGAGUGGUACUGAGAAUUUCCUGUCCUUAAGCAAAGAUGGUGCAGGUGAGACCUUACUGUUUCUUAUAAGGUAUAUGAGUUAAACAGCUACUAACAAGUAAAACUGCCUAAAAAUUGCUUCAUCUCUAAAUUAUCUGGUUUUAUUUACCCAUACGUGAUUAGUAAUUCUGUUUGUCCUGUCCCUUACAAUAGAAAUUUGGGUGGUUUUACCUAGAAGUCAUUUUAAAAAAAAAAAAAAAGGGACAAAAACCCAAAACACACCUACCGUUUCAACCUACCUUUAUAUAUAAAGGAACUUCUUUUCUAGUGCAGGGCACUGUCAAAUGAUUUCCCUUGCUGCUGUUCAAGUUGCACACUUUGCUGUUGGGAUGUAAUUAUAACUUGUUUCCUAAAACUGAGUUCACAGCUAUUCACAAUACUUCUGACCUUUAACACUACCUAUUUGCUUGUACAGAGACCAGAGACACUGGUAACAUUGUAUCAUUGAUUUUUUUUAAUAUAUUUUGACUCUUUUUGUAAAAGCUUUAUUAGAAGUAUAACUAAUUGAAGUUUAAUUCCUUAAUAAAUUGUGCUAUUUUGCACAGUUGUAUCUUUACUACGUAGAUGCAAAUGUGUCUACUCGCUUAUUAUAGAAAAGAGCAGGAUGAGAUUUUAUUCAAGUCUUGAUAAAGUUUGGCAAGCAAAUUCUCUCACACCUGAGGGGGAAGGGAUAUUUCUUUUGUUCAUGUUCUUCUAUGCCAUUCUAUGUACUGAAUUUCCAAAUGUCUCAGAAGCUGGUACAGUACAGGCUCUCAGUUGUGGAAAAAGAAUUUUCUUUAAAAUACCUUGCUGCCCCAUUCUGAGUAUUCUAAUAUGUACCUAAGAUGCUUGG